AUGGAAGAGGUUCCGGCCCCGGCUGUCUCGGCUACCGUCCCACUGGAAGACGACGAAUUGGACGAGCCUGACGCAGCCAUCUGUGUCACCCCGUCCAAUCGGCCUCCGACACCUAGCCCUACUCAAGCGCCUCCGGACAUAUCGCCGACUCCACCGACGACACCCGUUGAGGCGCAGGCCCGGAAGGAGCCAGUCGUGAAGAGGAGGAAGGCGAACACUCCCCCGAGCUCAACACCACCCAAGCCAACUCGCCCCUCCAAACCGCCGCAGCCGAGGACAGAACCAGAUGGUGGUCACUGCAGGCCGGCCGUCUCCAACAGCGUUACCAGCAGCUGGUGA